AUGGAUAGAGGUAGGAGAGAUAGAGACGACAGAAGUAGAUAUUCCUCCCGUAGGCCCACCAGAUAUAAUAACGGGGAUAGCCAGCGGGAUUCGUCAUAUAGCAGGGGUUAUAGUAAUUAUUCAAGAGACCAGAGUAGCAGAGGUCGUCGUGACUAUUAUAAUGAUAGGCCCAGACAACCGCAUGGGAGAUUUGGAGGAAGACAGAGAUCUAGUAGAGGAGAUUACGGUCCAUUAUUAUCAAGGGAAUUAGAUAGUACGUAUGAGGAAAAAGUUAACAGGAAUUAUUCCAAUAGUGUCUUUGUUGGAAAUUUAACCUUUGAUACCCAACCGGGUGAUUUAAAAGAUUAUUUUUCCCAAGUAGGUGAUGUUAUUAGGGCAGAUAUAAUUACAUCAAAGGGACAUCAUAGAGGCAUGGGAACUGUUGAAUUUUCAAACCCAGAAGCAGUAGAUGCAGCAAUUUCCAAAUUAGAUGGUUCAUACCUAUUAGAUAGACAGAUUUUUGUCAGACAGGAUAAUCCACCACCAGAAGGAACUCGUGAAAGACGCCAGCCGCCAAGAGAAAGAAAUAGCCGUGACAGUAGGGAUAGAGACGCUAGUAGAGGAAGAGAUAGAGAUAUCGGUAGAGGAAGGGAAAGAGGAGACCAUAUUCCAAAACAUGAGCAAGAAGGAUAUGAAAUAUUUGUUGCCAAUGUACCAUUUGCUACUACUUGGCAAACCCUCAAAGAUUUAUUUAAGGAAACUGGUGAUGUUUUACGUGCUGAUGUGGAACUAGAUCGUGAUGGGUAUUCGAGAGGUUUUGGUAUUGUUAUAAUGGCCACAAAGGAAGAUAUGGAAAGAUCCAUUGAAAGAUUCAAUGGUUAUGAAUUAGAAGGUAGAAAAUUGGAUGUUAGAGCUGGUCAUGGUAGAAAAUCACCAUCCUCUUCAUCCCACGAAUAUGAUUCUUAUUACAACGAUUCUGCUGCUAGAAGCGACUCAAGGAAACAAGAAAGAAGUGACGGUGUUCAUAGACAAUUCACAGAAGGUGUUGUUGGUGGGGGAGAAAGAAGUAACCUGAUAUACUGUAGUAAUUUACCUUUUACCACUGCCCGUAGUGAUUUAUAUGAUUUGUUUGGUACUAUUGGUCAAAUAACUAAUACUGAUUUAAAAUAUGACUCAGAUGGUAAGCCAACUGGUAUUGCCAUUGUUGAAUACGAUAAUAUUGAAGAUGCUGAUAUAUGUAUUGAUAGAUUGAAUAACUAUACUUAUGGUGGAUGUGAUUUAGACAUUUCAUAUGGUAUUCGCCAGGAUUAA